CAACUCUGGCUCAACCAUCAUUUCAAUAGUCCAUACCCCGGUCGAGACCAGGUUCCACCCAGGAUAUAUUUCAAGACCAGAACUAUACUAGACAGGGCCCAAAAUGCCUUCCAGUGAUCGCCUCCAGCGCCACCUGGCCUACCAGCCGCAACCCCUCAAAUUUGGCACCAGCGGCCGUCGCGGCCUAGUGGUCGAUCUAACCCAACUGGAAAUCUACAUCAAUGUCUCUGCGGAGAUCCAGUACCUGCAGUCUCUACCGCCGAGAGAGGGAGGAAUCCUGCUCGGGGAUGACUUCUACUUUGCGCACGAUCUGCGGCCGAGCUCGACCCAGUAUGUCGAGAACAGCCGGGGGGGCCUCUGCCAGGCGGUGGAGCAGGCCUUGAAGGACGGCGGCAUGCGCGCCAUCAACCUGGGCGCCAUCCCCACGCCCGCCUUGACUGCGUUCGCCCUCCAGCGGGGCAAGGGCAGCAUCAUGGUCACGGGAAGUCACAUCCCGUUUGACCGGAACGGGUACAAGCUCAAUACCUCCAAGGGCGAGCUGUCCAAAAAGGACGAGCAGCCGAUCAACGUCGCCGUGGAGAAGACCCGGGAAAGACUCCUGGCGCAGCCAUUCGCGGAGUCGCUCUUCGAUGAGCAGGGCAUGCUGCGCAACCGACCACUCGACAUUCUCCCGGCGACCGACGAGGGCCGCAUCGCCUACAUCCGGCGCUACCUGGAGUUCUUCGAGGGGCAAACCCUCGAGGGGACGAGAAUCCUCGCCUACCAGCACUCGGCCGUCGGGCGGGAUGUUCUCGUCGAAAUCUUCGAGAAGCUCGGCGCCCAGGUCACCCCCGCCGGCCGCAGCGAGACGUUCGUCCCGAUCGACACCGAAGCGAUCGACCAGGCCCAGCUCGAUACCCUCCAGGGUCUCUGCGACGCGACCGGCCAGAAGUUCGACGCAGUGGUCUCCACCGACGGCGAUAGCGAUCGUCCGCUGCUGGUCGCCCCCGACGGGGACAACCUGCGCUUCUUCGGCGGGGACCUCCUCGGCAUGGUCGUCGCGGGGUACCUCAGCGCCGAUGCCGUCGUCGUGCCCAUCAGCUCCAACGACGCCAUCGACCGGGGCUCCCUGGCGUCUGUCACCGAACCCAAGACGAAGAUCGGCAGCCCCUACGUGAUCAGUGGCAUGGAGCACGCCCUCUCCAAGGGCGGUCGUCGCGUCUGCGGAUGGGAAGCCAACGGCGGCUUUCUCACCGGCUCCGACAUCCAAGUCGAUGGCAAGACGCUGACCGCGCUGCCCACGCGCGACGCCAUGCUGCCUCUCCUCUGUGUGCUGUUCGCCGCCCGUCAGCGCCAACUCACCCUUCCCGCCCUGUUCGAGACGCUCCCGGCUCGCUACAGCCGCGCCUCCCUGAUCCGUAACUUCCCCCGUCCCACCAGCAUGAAGAUCGUGCAGCGCUUCUCGCCCCCAACGGCCGACACCCAGGAGGUCGCCUACGAGAGCGACGGCACCAUCACCGUCUACGACAGGAACCGAUCCGCGCGCACCGUGACGGCAUCCGACGCCGCACAGCUCGGCCAGAUCCGCGAACAGCUGCAGACCGUCUUCUCCGCCCAGUACGGCUUUGCAGCCAUCGCCCGGCUGAACUACACCGACGGCGUCCGCAUGUGCUUUGCCAACGGCGACGUCGCUCACAUUCGCCCGUCCGGCAACGCCGACGAGCUCCGGAUCUAUGCCGUGGCGGAUGCGCAGGCCCGCGCUGACGAGAUUGUCCUCCACGGCGUUGCGGAGCCGAGCGGUCUCCUGCGCCAGCUGGAGGCGAUGGUGUCGCGUUGAUUUUGAACAUUACAUAGAGUGCUGGUCACGAAAUCAUAUAAAUCG